CCCGCCCGUCUCGGCCGCUGCCACCGCCCCGCGGUUACCUGGGCAACGGCGCGGGGGCGCACGGGUCGGGAGGAGCUGCGCCGAAAGGCCUUGUGGGGGUUGGUGCUAACCCGGCUUCCCGACGCUCGUGGAAUCUUCUGGAGCCCUUUUUCUCCAUUCAGCGAGCCUGAGAGUGCGGAAGUCUCCGGCUGGUGGGGCAUGGCCCAGGAGCAGUGCAAGUCCUAGGGUUCCCAAACUUGUGGGGUGGCCGCCUCGGCCCGCGAGGGCGGGAAGGGCUCGGGUACAGUGACCCAGUGGGAGCUGUGUGUGAACGGGAAAGCUCUUGGAACAGUCUUGUCCGCCCUCCCACCCUCCUGCGGGCGCCUCUUUCACUUUCUGGGAACGUGGUGAGCAAGAAAUGCUUGAGCCAGUUUAAAAAGAAAAGGAGUCGGAGCGGCGGCGGCGGUCAUGUGGGACGCGGAUGCAGACGCAGUCGGAGGCGCCAGCUGCGGGGAUGGCCAGGGUGAUCACAACUGCCCCGGGGCCGCCGACACCCUGGCAGCUCCGGCCAGCGGAGCUCCCCCACCGCACGCGUCAGAUCCUGGCAGAGGCGCCGCGUCUGUGGCCAGGGGGCCGGGAAUGCGGCCGCACAUAUUCACCCUCAGCGUGCCUUUCCCGACCCCCUUAGAGGCGGAAAUUGCCCAUGGGUCCCUGGCUCCAGAUGCCGAGCCCCACCAAAGGGUGGUUCGGCGGGAUCUCACAGUGAGCGGCAGGAUCCUGGCCGUCCGCUGGAAAGCUGAAGACUGUCGCCUGCUCCGAAUUUCCGUUAUCAACUUUCUUGACCAUCUUUCUCUGGUGGUGCGGACCCUGCAGCACUUUGGGACCCCCGUUUCCCACUAAGCUUGGCCUGGGAAAAUGGGGCGAGGUCUAACCUUAGGUCUCCUCCUGGGCGGUGCAUCCAUCCUUCCCUAGGGCGGGGAAUUCCCACAGUUGAUACUUUACUGGGAGGGCCUCAUGGUCGGCCUGUACUGCUUUUGGGUGCUCAGGGGCCCCUUGUUUUCUCUGGUUGUUAGUUGUUUGUUACCACAGAAAAUAAAACUGAGCUACUAUUAAAAAGAAAGAAAAAUUUUUAUAAGCAUAAAGUGGAAAGUAAAUCCUAACUAAAAUGCUAUUUUUAAUGUUUGUAUAAAUUAAUUUAAAUUUCUUGGAAUAUUUAGUUUUUAAUUAACUGGGGCCAGAUUUUUACAUAUUUAUUUGUUUUUUGAGUAGCACCAAUUUGUUGUGGUUCUUCUCUUCUGACUACGCACAAUUUCAGUCUUUUUUAUGAACUCUCUCCUUCAUUCCUACCCCCACUCACCACCCCUCAUCUUUUUAAACUGAACUUUUUAUUUAAGAAUAGUUUUAGAUUUGCAGAAAAGUUGUCAGGAUAGUACAGAGUUCCCAUUAUUCUGCACUCAGUCUUACCUAUUGUUAAAAUUUACAUUAAAAAUGGUACAGUUCUCAAAACUAA